UGCGUAGGAGCGUCUUAAAGGGCGGAGCAAAUGUGCCGUGUGCAAUACUGUAGUAGGGAUAAAAGCAGUAGAACACUUUGAUUAAAGUUCGAGAACAUUCACAAAACCGAAGCCGAACACGCCUGUAGUACAAUCUCCGUUUACUAAGUUUUAUUUGUAAAAUUAUUUAAAUCAACUCUCAAAAUGCCUUUCGUCGCAAUCGAACACCCGAAAUGCGUAAAAUGCACCAAAUCAGUAUAUGCCGCUGAAGAGCGAAUUGCUGGAGGUUAUAAAUGGCAUAAAAUGUGCUUCAAAUGCGAAUUGUGUGGCAAGUUUUUGGACUCCACCAACUGCGCAGAGCACGACAAAGAGCUGUACUGUAAAAACUGUCACGGAAGAAAAUACGGACCAAAAGGAUACGGUUUCGGUGGAGGCGCUGGAUGCCUGAGUACAGACAAUGGUGAACAUCUCAGCAACGUGUCUUACUAUCAUACUAAACCUCAAGGUGCCUCGGAAUCACGAUCUAUGGCAAUGGCUCCUGAAGGCGAAGGAUGUCCACGCUGCGGUGGAUUUGUGUACAUGGCUGAGCAAAUGUUAGCAAAAGGAAGAUCUUGGCAUCGAGAGUGUUUCAAAUGUGCUACUUGCACGAAACGUUUGGAUUCAGUCAAUUGUUGUGAAGGUUCUGAUAAAGAUAUUUACUGCAAAGUAUGUUAUGGCAAGAAAUUUGGACCUAAGGGUUAUGGUUAUGGACAAGGAGCUGGAGCACUUCAAAGCGAUCCCGCUUAUAAUGGAGGUAUAGGUCACAGAGGUGCUGGUGGUCAGUCAAUUGGUUUAACAUGUGACUUAAACGACGAAACCGAAAGGGAUGUUAGCACAUCUCGAGCUCCUAUCAUUGAUACGAGUACAACUUCUAUUAAGGCAAAAGCAGGAGAAGGGUGUCCACGUUGCGGAGGUGUGGUAUUUGCUGCUGAACAAGUGCUUGCUAAAGGAAGUGAAUGGCAUAGAAAAUGUUUCAAAUGCAAGGAUUGCAAUAAAACUUUGGAUUCAAUAAUUGCUUGUGAUGGACCUGAUAAAGAUGUUUAUUGUAAAACUUGUUACGGUAAAAAAUGGGGUCCUCACGGAUAUGGAUUUGCUUGCGGCUCAGGAUUUCUUCAGACAGACGGCUUGACAGAUGAACAAAUUGCGGGAUCUCGACCGUUUUAUAAUCCGGACACCACAUCUAUUAAAGCGGAAAAGGGAGAGGGUUGUCCGAGAUGUGGUGGAAAAGUAUUUGCUGCUGAACAACAAUUGGCUAAAGGAGCAAUGUGGCACAAAAUUUGCUUUAACUGUGCUACUUGCCACCGGCCAUUAGACUCUACAUUAGCUUGUGAUGGACCGGAUAAAGAAGUUUACUGCCGAUCCUGUUAUGGAAAAUAUUUUGGACCCAAAGGAUUUGGAUAUGGACACUCACCAACUUUGGUCUCCACCAAAGGAGAAUCUACAAUGUUGUUCUCGGAAGCAAGACCAACAUCUGGAAAUAAGGGCAGAAAUGGAAAUGGGUGUUUGAGGUGUGGAUAUGAAGUUUAUGCCGCUGAACAAAUGAUAAGUAAAAAUAAGUCCUGGCACAAGAGAUGUUUUACUUGCGCUGAUUGCAGUAAAUCAUUAGAUUCAACAAGUUUGAAUGAUGGUCCUGAUGGCGAUAUUCAUUGCAGACCUUGUUAUGCAAAACAUUUUGGACCAAGAGGUUGCGGCUUCGGUAUGGGUGCUGGUGUUCUGUCUAUGGCAUAAAUGAUUACUGUGAAAUGAAUGCAAAUCAAAGGCUAAAGAAUAUAACUUUUAAACAAACUUUAUUCGAACGUUGUUUUAUGCUUUUUUUCUUGAAAUAUCACCCACCCCAAAUAUACUAAUUAUUUUAAUAAAACAAUUAAAAAAGUCAUGAUUAAUGUAAUAUUGUUUUCAUUUUUUAUUUUAUAUGUAUUCAAACACCUGUAUACUUUUUUACUUUCAAAGCUUUAUCAACGUCGUUUUAUAUAAUUGUGCGUAAAAUUCACGAAUAAUAAUUACUAUUGAAAAAUCGAAACUAAUAACAUUAAUAUUAAGACAACUUUAAUUUGUGAUUUCUGUGCAUAUGAAUCGGACCAAAAUUAUGCCAUAAAUAAAUUUGCAUCAUAUUUUUGUACUGUGAAUACUAUUGAACUUUGCCGUGUAUAUUAUUGAGAAUAUUUAAAAUGAACAGUGGAAAUAUAAUAUUGAACUUUAUCAUUGCAUUAAA